AUGCCCAGUAAAGAGCUGGUGAAGGAGGGUGUGCAGCGCAGGGGGAGGGGAGAUGGCCACAAGAAGUGUCAAAGAAGAGACAAGCUCGGGCCUGAGCGCAGAGUAAUGACUGCUCCAGCUGAUUGUAUCAGGCUGACUGACUCCCAAACAGCCUUCUGCGAGCGCUGUGUGCCACAAGCCCACGCUUCAGGUGGUGCACGCGACGGAAGCCAGAGAAGGGAAGUGGAAAUGGAACUGCCAAAUCAUGCCAAACAACUGUUGCUGCAACUCAACCAGCAGAGAGCCAAAGGCUUCCUGUGCGACGUCAUAAUCGUGGUGGAGAAUGCACUGUUCCGUGCCCACAAGAACAUCUUGGCAGCAAGCAGCAUAUACUUCAAGUCUCUGGUCCUUCACGAUAACCUCAUUAACUUGGACACAGAAAUGGUUAAUCCGUCUGUGUUCAGGCAAGUGCUGGACUUUAUCUACACUGGGAAGCUCCUCUCCUCUUCAGACCUGAGCAAUGAGCAGAACUUCAGUGCCCUUUUAACCGCAGCUAGCUACCUCCAGCUCCAUGACCUUGCUGCUCUGUGCAGAAAGAGACUGAAACGUGGUGGUGGGAAGCCCCUUCCAGGCAAACCCUCCACACCAGGCCCUCUCAGCCGCUUACGCCUCAACAACCAGCACCUUUCCUCCUCCACCCCCACAGGGCCCAAUAACCACUACCCCCCCACAUCCUCCGACAUAGACCAACCACAGCCCGAUGAAGGCCUUCGGGACAAGCUCUCAGAUGAUGAGAUGUUUGUCGGCAGCUCUGGAAAAAAUGCAGGGAAUGGCAGCAGUAAUGGAAACCUCAGCAGUGGUGGCAGCGCUGGAGAGCCUGAUCUCGGGUUGGAUCUGUCCAAAAAGAGCCCUCCCUCUGCAGGAACUGCCACUGAUGCCCUCAGCCCUCACAGCAACUCCCAGGAAUCCCCCCAAUCUGCCUCAGUAUCCACAACCAACAGUGCCUCACUGGAUGACUCUUCAACCACACUCCCAGGAGUGGACAACUGCUUGGACCCGAUAGAGGUCUCCUCCAAAGUCUCUGAUGAUGGCAUAUUGCAGCCUGACGGACCACCCCCCCAGAAAAGAUCCAGACAGGGCUCUAGAAAAAACGAAUGGCCCAGGAGAGAGGCGUCAGGAUUGAAAUCUGAGGACAUGCCCUUAGUUAACGGGGUCAUUGUUGGUCCCAAAGAUGGCCGCUCUGGUGCUGGGGCGGGCAGUGCGAGCAGCUUUACCUCCGAUCAGUCAUAUCAGUGUAAAGAUGAAGAGGACGGUGGGGAGAACGGCCAGGACCACAGCGAGGACAGUGCUCCGAGUGACGGGGAGAGCGCAGGCUGUCGAGGAAACGGAGGGGGCCACCGCAGCACCAACAACUAUGUUUUCCGACAGGAAGGCUUUGAGCCAGCACUGGGGGACAACCUGUACGUGUGCAUUCCAUGUGGAAAGGGCUUCCCCAGUUCUGAGCAGCUCAACGCUCACGUGGAGACGCACACAGAAGACGAGCUCUUCAUCAAAGAGGAGGGAGGGACCCCAGUGAAGGAGGAAGAUGAGGAGGAAGCUGCAGAGGACCUCUCGGCCACAGUCGGGCCUUCCACUUUUGGCACAGAAACACGUCCAUUCAAGUGCACAGUCUGCAGUAAGAGCUACAAAGACCCGGCUACACUACGGCAACAUGAAAAGAGCCACUGGCUGACCCGACCCUUUCCAUGCAACAUCUGUGGGAAAAUGUUCACCCAGCGGGGCACCAUGACACGCCACAUGCGCAGCCACCUCGGCCUCAAGCCGUUUGCAUGUGAGGAGUGUGGCAUGCGCUUCACGCGGCAGUACCGUCUGACCGAGCACAUGCGCGUGCACUCGGGGGAGAAGCCCUACGAAUGCCAACUGUGUGGAGGGAAGUUCACCCAGCAGCGCAACCUCAUCAGUCACCUGAGAAUGCACACCUCACCGUCUUAG